AUGGCGUCACCAAAAGAGUCGAAGUCACCGAAGUCCCCAGCAUCAGCAAAGUCGCCGCCCAAGUCACCGUCGCCUCGCACCGCAUCAUCACCCGCGGCUGAGAAUCAACUUACAGAUGUUAUCGAAGUGGAUGCCGACGACGCUUCUUCGUUAGCCCCAUCUUCCAUCCUGAAUUACAAGUGGGAAAAUGGACGGCGGUACCACGCGUAUGAGGACGGCUCAUACUGGUUUGUGCCACACCGCUCUCGCCCCGCAACUUACAUGCGAGAGUUUGCCGAUGAAACCCCGGGAGCCCAAGUCAUUGGGGUCGAUCUCUCAGCCAUUCAACCCCCUUUUGUGCCACCCAACUGCAGCUUCGAGAUCGACGAUGUCAACAAGGAGUGGACGUACCCAGACGACAACUUCGAUUUCAUUCACGUCCGUGCAAUGACUGGCUGCGUGAACGACUGGGUAGACUUUUAUAAGAAGGUGUAUCAACAUUUAAAACCAGGCGGUUGGGUACAUCAGAUCGAACUAUCCGCCGUGGCGAAGUCGGACGAUGGUACAAUCAAACCAGACUCUCCCCUGGUGACGUGGGUUGAGGUAUUCGAAAAGAUGAGCGCCGCAAUGGGCAAGAGCUUUUUUGCCUGCGAAACAGCCCGCGAGUCUGUCGAAGCCACUGGCCGCUUUAUCAAUGUCCACGAGCGCCGGCUGAAGUUACCCAUCGGUACCUGGCCGAAAGAUAAGAAGUUGAAGCAGUGGGGCGCUUGGAACCGCCAAUUUCUGCUGCAAGGCCUUGAAGGCUUCUCGAUUAGAGGGUUGACGACAAUGCUGGGCUGGACGUAUGAAGAAACUCAAAUGUUCCUAGUUCAGAUGCGCAGGGAGCUUACAGACCCCAGCAUCCAUACCUACAUUGACAUGUGCGUCGUCUAUGCGCAAAAGCCGAUAGAGUCCGAAGAGUAG